ACGGACGCACCGGGUCUGCACAGGCGGGUCCCGCUGCUUUCAGAUCAGCGGAGCGCUUGUUUUAGCUCUCCCACACGUCGCCCUGAAAGUUUUCACCUCGCUCGACCUCUACAUGGACUGCGCGUUUCAGGCUCCUCCACCAGCCGUGGCGUCCACAUGGGCAGGGUCGGAUCGUAGCUGCGGGGUCGGCCGUGCUGUCAGGUUAUUCGUAUGGCCGGAGCUUGCUGCAAGUGUCCAGUCUCUCUGUCCGUGUUCAAGCGCUCUCUCUCGGUGGCGCCGCGCGGCUGCGGGUCCGCUCCUCGGUCCCUCCUUCUGGGCUGGAGGCUCGGGGAGCGCGGCCUGCAGGAGGCCGCCCGACCCUCCAGCGCCCUCAGACCCGCAGGCUUUUACCGACACACGACCUUUCUCUGUCUCUCCUGCCAGGAGUCCAUGAGCGAGAGUCUGCGGACCUGCUACCUGUACCUGAACCAGACCAGCCGCAGCUUCGCAGCGGUGAUUCAAGCGCUGGACGGGGAGUUGAGACACGCCGUUUGCAUUUUCUACCUGGUGCUGCGAGCGCUGGACACGGUGGAGGACGACAUGAGCAUCCCUCUUGACAAGAAGGUGCCCAUGCUGAACGACUUCCACACCUACCUGUACCAGGACGGGUGGUGCUUCACUGAGAGCCAGGAGAAAGACCGGCAGGUUCUGGAGGAUUUCCCCACGAUAUCGCUGGAAUUCAGAAACCUCGCUCAGGAGUACAGAGACGUCAUCUCAGAUAUCUGCCACCGUAUGGGAGUGGGGAUGGCCGAGUUCCUGGAGAAGAAAGUGGGAUCCAUGAAGGAGUGGGACCUGUAUUGCCACUACGUUGCCGGGCUGGUCGGGAUCGGUCUCUCUCAGCUUUUCUCUGCAUCCAAGCUGGAGGACCCCGAGGUGGGGCGAGACACCGAGCUGGCCAACUCCAUGGGCCUCUUCCUCCAGAAGACCAACAUCAUCCGAGACUAUCUGGAGGACAGCCAGGAGGGACGUGCCUUCUGGCCACAAGAGGCCUGGAGUCAGUUUGCGGGUCGUCUGGAGGACUUGGCCCAGCCCGAGAAGCUGGAGUCGGCGCUCUCCUGCCUCAACCUGCUGGUCACUGAUGCUCUGCGGCACGUCCCGGAUGUCAUUGCGUACCUGUCCCGCCUGCGCAACCAGAGCGUCUUCAAUUUCUGUGCCAUUCCACAGGUGAUGGCAAUAGCUACGCUAUCAACGUGCUACAACAACCCCAUGGUGUUCCAGGGAGUAGUGAAGAUCAGAAAGGGACAGGCUGUCACACUCAUGAUGGAAGCCACCAACAUGAGAGCCGUCCAGACCAUCAUUGCCCAGUACAGCCAGGAGAUUUUGCAGAAGGUUUCCCUCACCGACCCGUCACGAGACAAGACGCUGCACAUCCUGGCUCUAAUCCGAGAGAAGUCCGCCCUGUCACAGUCCAGCCUCCCCUCCAGGACCCACCACCUGUCGCCCAUGUACCUGUCUGCUGCCAUGCUCCUGGCCGCCCUCAGCUGGCAGUACCUCAGCACCACUGCAGCACAGGCACAGGGCACCGGCGACAUGCAGGGACAGUAAACCCAUUCACCCUCAGCUUUCCUGGGGCGCACAGACACAAAAAGCCCCUUUGGACUCACUCUGGAAGUCCGGUUCUCGUCUGGCUGGAGGAAUCUGAAGCACCUCUCCCCACUUUGCCCUCUUUGUUAUGGCUGUUACAGGACCAUGGACAUAUUUAGACUAUGGAGGGGGUUCUUGUAGCAGACUGGUUUAAUGAGGUUGCUUGAUAGUGAUUCCUAGUCCAUCCUGCAUCUGGAUAAAUGAUUUUCACACGGUGUGUGUGGUUAUAUACACCAGCAUAAAUGGCACAUUGAAAUCAUUCAGGGCGUCUUGUUGCUUGACGUUUAUGGUGAUCAUGGUCUUUUCUUUUUUUCUGUUUCAUUUGUUUUAAACAUUUCAACCCUUUGAAUUUACUAAGAUUAAUCAGCAUGUUUGAUGAUGUCAUGACAGAAAUUAAUAGUUUAAUUUUCUCCAUUAAGUGUGCUGAAAUGGUGAAAUGCACCACACAUGUCCAAAUUUAGGAUUGUCACCAAACUUCAUUACGUUUUUGUUUAAUUUUGUGUCACAUCUUAGUCAUGUUUUUAAUUCCAGAUAGAAAGCUAGCUUAUUGUGGCUGCCCUCCAAUGAACUAUCCCACCGGUGGAUUUUACAGUAGCUGCACUAUAUGUUUGCAUAGAAGACAGCAACUUCUCACAAUGGAGCUUUAUUACAACACUUUUAUGUCUGUGUUCUUUCUGUUUCUACUCUCUGUCCUUUGAAAGAGCGGAAAAAGAAAAGAACAGUACAAUUCCAAGGUAGUUUUGACAGGUACUGUUAAUAAUAACGGAGAUUAAAUGUAAUCUCUGCUACAUUUGAUAUCUGAAAGAAAAGCAUAUUGAGACUGCUAGCUAAAGUGUCCUUAAUGCAGCUUUGGUGAGUAGAAAGACUAGCACAGAGUAACCUUGUACAGAACCAAAGGAGAGCUACAAGCAUUGCUAUGUAAUGUGAAAUCUUGAUAUGUACAUAUUUGAACAAAUAAAGAAGAGU